CCCCCCCCUCCCGGAGUGGAGCUGCACAUGCGGCUGCUCCCUGCUCCGUCCCGCCCAGCCUCGGUCGCGCAGGAACGGGUCCCUGCAGCCCCUGGCCGAUGGCAGGACAGUAGCCGCCUGUCAGGGGUCGUGAAGGGCUGAGGCCGACGCGGCGGCUCUCGGGCCUCAGAGUGGGUGUCUCCGGAGGCCAUGGGCUACCCCGAGGUGGAGCACCGGGAACCCCUGGCCGCGGCAGCGCGGCGGGAGCGGGGGAGCCAGGGCUGCGGCUGUCGCGGGGCCCCUGCCCGGGCAGGCGAAGGGAACAGCUGCCGGCUCUUCCUGGGUUUCUUUGGCCUCUCGCUGGCCCUCCACCUGCUGACGUUGUGCUGCUACCUAGAGUUGCGCUCCGAGUUGCGGCGGGAACGCGGGGCUGAGUCCCGCCUGAGCGGCCUCGGCACCCCGGGCACCUCAGGCACCCUGAGCAGCCCCGCUGGCCUCGACGCCGACGGUCCCCUCACCCGCCACCUCAGGCAGCCGUCACCCCAGUCGCCGCCACUGGAAGCGGGAGAAACCGCACUCCCCCGAGACUCCCAGGACGCGCACCAGAUGGCCCUUCUGAAUUUCUUCUUCCCUGAAGAAAAGUCAUACUCUGAAGAGGAAAGUAGGCAUGUUCGCCGCAAUAAAAGAAGCAAAAGCAGUGAAGGGACAGAUGGUCCAGUUAAAAACAAGAAAAAGGGAAAGAAGGCAGGACCCCCUGGGCCCAAUGGUCCCCCAGGACCUCCAGGACCCCCAGGGCCCCAAGGACCCCCAGGGAUCCCUGGGAUUCCUGGAAUUCCAGGAACAACCGUUAUGGGGCCACCUGGUCCUCCAGGUCCCCCUGGUCCUCAAGGACCUCCUGGCCUCCAAGGACCUUCUGGUGCUGCGGAUAAAGCUGGAACUCGAGAAAACCAGCCAGCUGUGGUGCAUCUACAGGGCCAAGGAUCAGCGAUUCAAGUCAAGAAUGAUCUUUCAGGUGGAGUGCUCAAUGACUGGUCACGCAUCACCAUGAACCCCAAGGUGUUUAAGCUACAUCCCCGAAGCGGGGAGCUGGAGGUACUGGUGGACGGCACCUACUUCAUCUAUAGUCAGGUAGAAGUGUACUACAUCAACUUCACUGACUUUGCCAGCUAUGAGGUGGUCGUGGACGAGAAGCCCUUCCUACAGUGUACCCGCAGUAUCGAGACAGGCAAAACCAACUACAACACUUGUUACACCGCAGGUGUCUGCCUUCUGAAAGCCCGGCAGAAGAUCGCUGUGAAGAUGGUGCACGCUGACAUCUCCAUCAACAUGAGCAAACACACCACCUUCUUUGGGGCCAUCAGGCUGGGCGAGGCCCCUGCCUCCUAGAUCCCCUCCCUUUGUGCCCCUGCCUGUGCCCCUGCCCCAGGUUUGGGAGCCAGGACUCCCGGAACCUCUAAGUGCAUCCUCAGAGAGAAGUGCCCCAGUGCUAUUUAUUCCCCAGUGACUCCGGGACGACAAGGCCUGUUUGACUUUCCAGAAUAACCUUGAAUUAACAGGACAGUGGGAGCCCCAGGGUUCACAUGAAGCAGAACCUUCCUCCAUGGCACCCUGUUGACUGGCUGCUGUGUGACUCUCAGACCCCAGGGUCCCUGUUGUCAGACUUGUCAUUUGUUGCACUAAAAUGAGGGUCCAGGGCAGCAGGCAAGAGAAAGCCAAGUGUCCUUCAGACUCUGGGAGCUAACAUCUGACCCCAAGAGGGAUGCUGCUCCUCUCUUGGGUGAUAGGGAGAGAGGGCGCCCGGGUGGCAGCCUAAGAAUGGGUCAGGGUGGGGAGAGUCGGGUGCUGGUGACAAAAGCCAAGGAGAAACCUUUGGAGCCCGAGGCGCCUGCGUCCUUGGCAGCGGAGCAGGCCCAUUUCCCCCACACUGCCACCUUCCCGAAGGCCCAUCUGCUCAGGCUGAGACCUCCACAGCAGCACCUUACCUGGCUUCAGACGGCUGCUCUUCCCUACAGGGAGUCGCCACAGACCUGCCUGCCACAGAACCCGAAGCUAGAGUUGGAACCACACUUCUUUCACUUUGUUUACAGCUAUGCGCCACACUCAGAAAAUUUCCUGCCCCCUGCCUCGCCCCAGUCACCACUCCUCCAUCCUGACUGAACCUCCUGUCUUCUCACUCCACAGAGACUACCUCUGUCUGAGACAGGUGCCUCACCCAGAACCUGUACUUAUGUUUGUCUGGGAUACUCUUCAUAUUGCUUAGGCGCAAAGACAACUUUUCAUGUAUGGAGCAACACAAACAUUCUGGUUGAGUUGCAUCUGGGGGCAAAGGGCUCAACCAGAUGAACCUCCAGAAGUCCUUUCCUGUUCGAAUGUUACACAGCUGCCAUGGCAGCUGCUAAAAGCCCCAAACCCAAGUCCAUGCCUGGGUAUCAGCAAGGCGGAGCUUUGCUGCCUGACCCAGAAAGGGUGAAAGAUGCAGAAAGGGCAGAUGGGGGUUCUUUUAGUUUGUUUUUCAAAUUUGCUGCAAUCUGAGUGCUCAUGAGCCCAGUCCUCAUCCAGAAGCACAGCAACGGACACCCUGCUGACCCACCCUUUCUUCAGAAAGCCACUGUAAAUUCCAUUACAGGUUCAGGUGUCAGGAGAUCAGCAUCGAAGGGGAGGUCUGUGCCCUCUAGUCAGUUCCAAGGACACCUCACCUCUACCCUAAACCUCCCACUGGGUCAGUGGCGGGACUGUUCAUGGGCCUGGCUUCUGGGCGUGAGGCCUAAACCAAGACUAUGAGGAGCAGUCUGGCUGCUUUGGCUGCUUUUGAAGAGAUAGGGAAUAAGUUCCUUUGGGCAGCUGAAAUCCACCAAAAACAGGUGCUUGUUUCUCAGCUUCCCUUCCUGAGCAGCUGCCCUGCUUGGCCUUCCAAGAUCAGACCAAGAAUGAGAGGGUGACCCCACCACUGUCUGAUCUCAAACAACGGCCUUGCAACCCCUGGUGAGAGAAAGUAGGCAUGAGUCUGGCCCCAAUUUCUAUAAAGUGCUUUAGACAGCCCUCGGUUACAGCAGGGACUGAUGGGAACCUCUACUGGGGCUUUGGAAAGGAUUUUCGUUCUAAUUAUUUCCUUUGGUAAUAUUGCAAGUUCCGUUUUUAGAUGAGGCUCGGAGAUAUUAAAUGUUUUAACCAAGAUCUCACCCAGCUUAAAUCACAGUAAGGGCUUCCGCCAGGUUUGUCUCCAAAGCUAAUCUGUCAUACUGUAGAGUUGGGUUGAAAUAGGGCCCAGAGAGCGCCAUUUAAGGUGGUAAUAAGGGCCCGCAACCCUUGAGGGUCCUCGGGAGAAAUUCAGAGAUGCUCGUUUUCAUUCCUUUUUGGCAGUGCCUGUACUUUCAGCUGCCUGGGGCAAGGAAACGCCAUCAGUCUCAGAGCUCUCAUGUUCAGAAGAAUCCUCUUGGUACCACGUACAAGCAGCAGACCUCCAGUGCCCACAAAACCCACAGCCCAUUUGUCUUCUCACCCACCUCAUUAACAGGCUAGCCCUCGACUUAUCCCCCACACUGAAGGCACUGGCUGCUUCCCACAGCUACCGAGUGACUCUUUAGCUCUUCCUACCAUCCCACGGAGAGCUCGCUACCAAGAUCUCAGGGGUGGAGGAAGACCCAAAAGAGGCCUGAUUUGAAAGCCAAAAGGGUGUGAGGUGGUGAGAGGAAAUGACUUCCUUAACGUGUCCCUAGAGGACAUCCGUACACCCAGACAUCAUCGUUCUGUUCUGUAGAUGUGGAGGGGCUAACAGGAAAACAGGAUUCUUGUGAGGCCCUUUAUUCAUCAUGCACCCACAGAAAUAUUCCAGGGGCGCGGGAGGUGAGGGAAGCCACAGGUAGCAGGGUCCCUGCCAUAGCAGUUACUGGCAAGGAGGCAAAGCAAUUUACUACACAAAGAAUGUGGAAACAGAUUUGCAGUAUGAACUGUUGCCAAUGUGAGCUCAUCAGUGGGCUCACACUAGCAUGGAGAAGGGGAUGGGGACAUUUGUGAGCAAGCAGACAACAGGUUUGAAGGAGAAUUGCCUGGCAGAGGCCUCUGCCAGCCACUAGGGCUUCAACUAACAAAGUUGACCCAAAAGGCAGCUGUUGGGGCACGCUCAGCUACUGGUGCUUAGGAAAAACAUAGUCUUUGCCUUAUUUGCCCAUUCAUCCACCCUAAGCCAAGUUUCUUUUGCUGAGCAGGAAAGUGGUCAGAAUCUGGAGGUGAACAAAGACUGACCCUCAUGUGAACCCACAUGCCUUAUGUAACUUCUGGUGGAUGACAGAGCUGCAGGGGAAUGGAGAGCCAGAUGCAGGCAAGGAGCCAACCUCCAUCCCCGCCCCAGGCUACUCAUGUGGAAAUGAGGCCCAGGGGGGAAGGUGGCCUGCCCAAGGUAGUGAACAAGCCCCAACCUCCAGAUUCCAGUAGGUAAAGAGGCAGGGCAGUCCCUAUCCUGCAAGACCCCUUCUUCCUUCUACCCACAGACUCCAAGCUGGAGGUGUUUGGCUCCUCUGAGGAACCUGGCCGGGCAAGGAGAAAGUAACUGCAGCCUUCCAAACCCUGCCCCCCCCCCAGGUAUUCUCCCAACUCCUGCCUCGACUGGCCCCAUACCAGGACAUCAUGAGGCCACCCUGGUGCUGGCAGGCCCCAUCCCUACCUGGAGGCUUCCCUAGGCCAUGUGAGCACAAAUAAAAUUGGAUUUUUCCAUUAAUCCACUUCAGGGCUCUCUCCAACAGGAGCUGGGGUGUGUCAGUCCUUUAUUCCAAAAGCUCCCAGCUAGGAUGAGGUAUGAACAUUGUCAUGAGAAUGGCCUGGAGCAGGCCCAGUGCUGCUUUGGGGGUGAGCAUACAGUGUGAGAUACUGUGUAUAUAAACUAUACAUAAUGUAUAUAAACUGGGAUGUAAGUUUGUAUAAAUUAAUGGUUUAUUCUUUGCAAAUAAAGUUUCCCUCUU